AUGGGUGGUAAUAACUAUGGGGGUACAGGACAGUCGCCGUCCGGCCCAGCCAUCACUUCUGUGAUUCAGGCUCUCGAGGCUGCUAGAGACAGUGCAGAAAGCGCGCAAGACCCGACUGUGGUGCAUAUUCUCGAGACUGCAAUAGCGGAUAUCUGGAGAAAGAUCGAAGCGCAACCAACAUCAUAUGUGAUGACAAGAGACGAAUUCGCUGUCUUCAACUAUUUCCAAGGCCCAUUACUUGGUCAGACAAUUCUGUCGAACUCCAACCCUAGACGUAGCUCAACUGGGCUAAAGAGCCUACUUCUCGCAAUCCUCGGUGCAUGUGUAGCUUUGACUUUCCUCCUUGGAACGUGUUUACCAGCGACAGUCGAGCAGUGGCCGGUUGACGAGAUCUCUUCAGCAUCUUUCGACCUUGUGAAGUAUGCAGUUGCAGCUCCUUCCGCAACACCAUCCUCUUCUGCAGUGCUUGAAGACUUUCAGGUCUACCAGCCUGUACUCACACCUUCAGGGGCAACAGACGAAACCACUUCAGACGAUGGAGCCGAGAAUACAACAACCAUCGCCCAGUCUGGAACCACAGGUAGCUGCCAGGUUACUUUGAUGGUUCAUUCUUUCGGAUACAGCUACGGGAUACCCUUUGUUGGAGAGUAUACGCCGCCAAGUUGCGACUUCAACCGAGUCAGCAUGAAUUUCACGGUUACAUCGCAAGGUCGUCAGUUUGACAGGCUUGCCCUUAUGUACUUCAACGAUACCGAGGUGUGGCGGACAUCUACCGCAGAGCCCACUGUGAACGGUAUCAGAUGGGAGUACAUCAAGGACAUGUCUGAGUUUAUGUACUUCUGGAACACGCCUCAAAAGCUUAUUUUCGACCUCGGGAAUUUGAUAGACUCGACCUAUACUGGCUAUUACAACACGACACUGACAGCAACCUUCUUCACUAGUCAAGAAACGGUAGAACCAGCAGACUUAAUUGUCCCCAUUUCCGCUAGACAGGGAGCCGCCAACCAAGCUAGUCUUUUCACCUUACCGUCUGACAACGCCACGAAUACAAUAAGCUUUCCACGAAACGUCAACCGAGCGGUAUUCUCUGUGUCAGCCUGCGGACAAGCAACGGAAGAGUUCUGGUGGUCAAAUGUCCUGCAAUCUGAUGUCAAUACUUUUGUCCCCUACGACGGCACACUUUACGGCUAUUCGCCCUUCCGUGAAGUUCAGGUAUUGAUCGAUGGGCAACUUGCUGGCGUACAGUGGCCCUUCCCAGUCAUCUUUACAGGAGGUGUAGUUCCAGGGUUGUGGCGACCGAUUGUUGGGAUUGACGCUUUUGACCUGCGGGAGCAUGAAAUUGACAUUACACCCUGGUUACCUAUUCUCUGCGAUGGAGCUCAACAUACUUUCGAAAUACGAGUUGCUGGCAUUGAUGAUGAUGGCAAGACCAGUGGCACACUUACCAAGACUGUCGGUGCUUCAUGGUAUGUUACAGGAAAGGUAUUCGUCUGGCUUGAUGACGAUGAGAGCUCCAUAACCACUGGGGAUGCGCCUACCCUUGUUCAGCCAGAGCCUGUGAUUACGCUCUCACAGUCUCUCACGCAGAAUGCCACGGGCGCGAACGAGACUCUUACAUACACGACAGACGUCAAGCGAACAUUCUCAGUCUCUUCCUCGAUCACGACUCAAAACGGAACUCAGACCGUGACUUGGACGCAAAACCUCGCAGUCACAAACUACGGACAAUACACCGACUUUGGCGCCAUUCAAGUUAACGACCAAACCACAACAGGACUCGACGAAUCAUCAGGUGGAACGUACUACAAGUCCUCCUACUCCUACCCUCUCUAUGCCAACACAAGCUACUUCGUCUAUCCGAGCGGAAAUUACACCAUUGGCGCAACUAUUGUGAGAGGUCUAGAUCUAGAUAUCCAAGGCACACCCGUCUUCCCAACCGGUCUACAACCUUUCGCACAACUACCAAAGAGCGCACCGCUCGUAUCAGGCUUCUCGGGAACCUCACUCAGCACCACGCAAAAUGGCUCAGCGUCCUACUUCGCAGACCCGAACAUCGGUCUAGCAACCGGCUUCGGAAGUACGAGUCAAGAUUUCAGCUUCAAGGGCAUUGAUGUCAGCAACGGCGUUGCGGACACGGAACUCUAUUACAGGAGUGUGGAAGCUGUGAACUCGACCAUAGUGAGGGAUUACGAGAGCUUGAUUGGUGUCGAGUUGGGGAGCUACGGGUAUCCCGUCGAGGCGGUGGGCAGUGGACAGAGGGUCAUGGCUGUGUUGAGUCCGAAGGCGGUUUUGGGGAGGGGGCCGGGGGUGGCUAAGGAACAGCUUGUUCAAGGCGGUGGUGGGAAUUAG